AUGGGUAUGGAGACAUGUCCAUACAGUGUGCUGGAUGUAGCACAGCUGCUUCAGACCAAUUUUGCUUUUAUAUCAGGAGCCAAGGCAAAGAAUGGGGCACCAAUAAUGACAUUUCCAGAUCGACCAAAUCUACCGGAACCCAAUGAAGAUGAGUACCGGAAAAUUGUCACCUACCUCUGUAGUAUACCUCCGCUACAUGAGACACAGAUGGGAUACGUGUUGUUGGUAGAUCGCAGACAGAGUGGCUGGGGUUCUGUCAAGACAAUUCUCAUGAGAUUCUCAAGUUUCUUCCCCGGUCAUAUACAGGUGGUAUUCCUGCUACAGCCACACGGCUUCUUCCAGCGAGCUUUCUCGGAAUAUAGGUCAAAGUUCAAAGAGGAACUCGAAUAUAAGGUAGUUUCCUUGGACACUCCAGAAUCAAUGUUUGAUUACAUUGCACCUGAAUAUGUAACACCUGAUAUGGGAGGUCAGCUAGAAUUUGAUGCUAUUGAGUGGACACAACACAGAUCUGCUGUAGAGAAGUUCAGUAGCAAUACCGAGAAAAUAGCCCUGUCUCUAACCACUUUGAUAAAGAAAAUGGAGAAUGCAUGUACACCAAAUGAUGUAGCAGGGACUGAGAAACAAAUCAGUGAGCAUUCUUCACAGAGAAGAGAGCUUCUGGAAGACCUAGAGUCAUCAAGCUUCCAUGGACAGACUUUAUUGAGCUGUAUCAAGGGAGAUAAUGAGAGAACUCCUCUUGUACAGUUGUCACAUGUUCUUGAUGUUGAAAGAUUGAUUGUACAGUUAGAAGAAACAAAGAAGAAGUUUGACGAGUAUUGGGACAAGCAUUAUUCCAAACUGCAGCAGUCCUUACAGCUGAGGAAAUUUGAAGAGAAUUUCAAACUGUUCCAAAUUAUCUGUGAUAAGAAUAUGGACUGGUUAGAGAAGAAAAUGAAAGAGAUAGGGGAUAGUGUUAAACAGGUGGAGGAGCUUAUUCAAGAAUUUGAUGAGUUUGAGACCAAAGCUAAG